CGAAGAAAAUUAUUCCCUACGCGCUUUGUCAUAUUCGGAAAAAACAUUAAACCAAAAUUCUUGCCAUUUUCUAAUUCUUCUUACGUGCAUUAAACAAACAAUACAAUACAAUCCAAUCCAAUCCUCGUAUAUAACAGACUCAGUUAUCUCUGCUUAACAGCUACCCAUCUAUCCUGUCCUGUUCUGUGCUACCCUAGUAAUUAAAUUAAUAGUCAUUCAUAUUCUCCCUAAUCCUAUGGGCAAAAAGCUUGAUGCUUUGCUAGGGAGAGGCUUCAAGACCUCAAAGUUCAGGGCCACGGCGGCCAUGGCCGUUUCCCGGUCGGCGGUGCUCAAGAACCAGCGCCGGGCACGGUGCACCGUCGCCCGCUCCGACGUGGCAGAGCUUUUGAAAACUGGCCACCAUGAAAGAGCACUUCUCAGGGUUGAGCAAGUGAUCAAGGAGCAGAAUAUGUUGGAUGUGUUGGUUCUAUUGGAAGGGUAUUGUCAUCUGUUGGUGGAGAGGAUCAGCCUUAUCGAGCAGGAUAAGAUUUGUCCUGAAGAGUUAAAGGAAGCUGUGUCGAGUCUGAUAUUUGCAUCGACACGAUGUGGGGAGUUCCCCGAGCUUCAAGAGAUUCGGGCAAUAUUCACUUCCCGUUUCGGGAAGGAAUUCGCAGCUCGGGCCGUGCAGUUGCGCAACCAUUGUGGAGUAAGCCCCAAGGUUAUACAAAAGCUGUCGACUCGGCCUCCGAGCAUGGAGACCAAAUUGAAGGCUAUCCAGGAGAUUGCUACAGAUAACAACAUUGAUCUUCCUAUGGAGACCUUAACCGGUACGAUAAUGAAAAAUGAGACAUGGGAUCAGAGCAAGAGGCCAGGCCCUUCAUCAUCCCACUCAAGAGUUUCUUCGGAUCCAUUGGCGAACAAACCAAUACAGCUGGAUGAGAAGGAAAUGGACGAAGAUCUUUCAGGUUCAUUUAAAUUGAGGAGAAGGUACACAGAUGUGGCCGAUGCAGCUCAGGCAGCAUUUGAGUCCGCUGCUUAUGCAGCAGCAGCUGCCAGGGCAGCUGUGGAACUGUCUAGAUCCGAGUCCACGGAUCCAGAUGAUCCCAACAGCCCCAAUUUCCGACCCAAGAAAGUUUCAACAGUUCGUGAUCCAAUGGAGGCUCACAAGGAAAAUUUACAUUUUGAGAAAAUACACCCGGAAAGAAGUUUGAAAGAUGCAGAUGGAAUGGAACAGAUUAAGCCAAAGAACAAAGAGGUUGAAUUCAAGAGAUCGUAUUCUGGAUCAAGCUCGGAUUCACUAGAUGACCAUGUGAAAGGAGUUAAAAUAUUAUCCGACGAAGAGGGCAAGCUUAAACAAGAAGACUUCGCAUUUAAUGGAAGUGAUAGUGAAGAUGAGGAAAAGCUUUCCAUACCUAGGACUUACCACAGGAGGAACGGGGCUCAAGUUGGAUUGACAUUCGAGCCAGGACUUGGAUGUUCUCCAGCACGAUUUGACACUGAGGAAAGAUUUCAAAGUGCAGAAGGUUUAAACAUUAAUAGGAGGCCAAUGUCAGUCAGGACCUUACGGGCAAAUGGACGAUGACAAACUACUAUUUGUGGGGAGGUACUGUAACUAUUUUGGGUUGGUUUUCCUGUCUUAUGAGAUUCUUCUUGUUCUUUUAUUUCAUUGCUUGUAAGUAUGCGAAAUUUCUAAUGAUUUUUGCCCAGCUGAGUUUUAGAUAGUUAA